GUACGUGCAUGCGCGCGCGUGCGCGUUGCAGCCAAUUGUUGCGAGGCUGCUGCGAGGUGGAGCUUCUUUACCCGGGCGGACGCGACCGAGUCAGCAGCCUGACAGCAAGCGGCAGAGAGGAGGCAGUCAGGAGGUAAAGAAGGCAGUCCGGAGCUCCAACAUGAACGCCAAGACGUCGCGCUUCCUCGUCUUCUUCCUCGUCCUCGUCGCCGCUGUGACGGCCAAGGCGCCCAGGCUCAAAUUUGUGGUGCACGAACCAUCUCGAUUCCACUUCGACAAGCCCGAGAACUACGUCAGCAUGUACCACCAGGAGGGGAACAACACGCUGUACGUGGGCGGGCAGGCCAUGAUCUACGUGCUCACCUUCGGCAACAGAGGCGUACAUGACCUGCAGAUCCCAGCACCGUCAGAUCAGACCGCCAUCGACACCUGCAAGGCCAAGGCGGCACCGCUCGAGAUGGAGUGUGAUAAUUUCAUCACAGUCAUUGAGAAAGUCAACGACACCUUCAUCGUGUGUGGGACAAAUGCUGGGAGUCCUCGCUGCUGGAUGCUGGUUAACGACACAGUGCUGACCGACGUCCAGGGAGUCGGACAAAUCGCAUCGCCCUCUGACAUCUCCCCACCUUACCCCUCGCAGAGGUCCAUCAGCCUGCCCGCAGAUGGAAGUCUGUAUUCCGCCAUGUCAUCAGUGGGAGGCCACGCUGGUUCUAUCCGCCGUACGUUCGGACCCCAGAAACUCCUGAAGACAGAAAACGUUUGGCUGCUGAAUCCGCAGUUUGCUGGGGCCGCCAUCAUCCCUGCCUCCCUAAAAUACAAGGAGGAGAUCUACUUCUUCUUCAGUGAGUUCAACAAGACAGCCCGAGUGGACGAGGAGCCGUACAGGGCCCGCAUCGGCCGGAUCUGCAUGGUGGACGAGGGCGGGAUCAAGGCUCUGUUGGCCGACUCGUGGACCACCUUCCUGAAGGCACGGGUCAUGUGCGGCGCCGGAAACACUCAGCAGCAGUACAACAACAUGAAGCAUGCGGUGGUACUGACAGCUAAGGACAAGCGGGCCGGUGUCAUGUACGGCCUGUUUUCCAACGCGUGGGGCAGAAGUGUGAUUUGUGCCUAUUCCAUAGAAGACAUCGACCAGGCCUUCUCCACAUCCAAACUUAAGGGCUACAGCAGCUCCUUUAUUGGCAGUCGUCCUGGGAUGUGUGUCCGUAAAAACUCCACGGCGGGCGGUCCCAACGACAUAAAAAACCUGGGCGUGAUCCGGUACCAUCCGGAGAUUGAGGACGUGAUCCGGCCCGUAGGCGUGGCUCCGCUGGACCUCCCGACGGAUGACCAAAUCACGCACACGGUGGCAGACAUUGUCCUCGCCGUCAACGAAGAGCACUACAGCGUCCUUUACCUCGGAACAGAACAAGGAAAAGUCCACAAAGUUCUUCACAGCAGCGAGGGUGUCUUCAUCAUCUCUCAGUACUCCAUGUUUCGUAACGAGGGGCCCGUCCUGAACAUGGCCAUUGACCCGCAAAAGGGACACUUGUACGUUGCCACGGCGAUGGAGGUCCAGCGGCUGCCACUGGCCGACUGCGGUCGCUAUGGCGACACAUGCAGGGAGUGCAUCCUCUCCAGGGACCCGUAUUGCGGGUGGGACAAGAACAGGAGGCGGUGCAUCGCCAUCCCGGCCGGCUACAACGUCACGACUGGGACACUCGUUCAGAAUCUGGACCAAUCCAACUCGUCGGUUUGCGGGGAAGCUGCUGCCCUGAAGCUGCGCCGCACCUCCCCAAGAGAAGUGGUGGUACAGUCAAACACCUCCAUCUUCCUGCCGUGUCCCGUGCGCUCCUUCCUCGCCACGUACCGCUGGGAGAAGGACAACUGCGUCAAGAACUACCCCUGCCUUUUCUCGGGCGACUUCUGUGUCCUUGGGCCAGCGAUGGACACGCCCCUCAAGGAGGGCAUCUUCCGUUGCAUGGCUACCGAGGACGGAUUCAAGGUGGAGGUCAUCUCCUUCAAGCUGGUGAACCACGGCGGGCUCCUGGCCGCCUCCCUCGCCUCCACCUUGGGGCUGUCACUCGUGCUCGCCAUGGCCACCCUUUGGCUUCAUUAACUGCAGCUAAUGCUAAUGCUAAUGCUAACCACAUACCCUUAAAGACAGUAAAUAGACGAGAGGUUUGGUUCACAGAGCAUUCAAGUCUGGGGUUUAACAACAAUUGUCAAUAAAUGAACUAAAUCAGUAUCAAACAGAGUCAAAGUCACUUCCAUUUGGGUCUAAAAAGAGCUUGAAACUAUGGUAGAGUGCAUGAAGAACUUUGUGAACCUUCCCUCUCUAACUGUAAACGCUAAACAUAUCCUAAGGGUUGGGCAAAAGAAACACCAAUACCAGGCCAAUUCUUUACGACCGUUUCUUUAACUCUUUUGACUAGAUUGUGCUUCUUUGUGGAUAUGUAAAGCUUUAAUACCGCUCUUACAUCUUGCAUCCUUCCACCUCAUUCGUAGUUUGAAAAAAAAAAAAAAAAAACAUGUCUGGUAUUGAGAUUUUCAAAGCCUUAACACUUCUGGGACAUCAACUCCUAAGCACAAUUUUGCAGUCAAUGCAGAAUACUGCGCACCCGGUUGGACUCUGGGUUGGGUUGGGUUUGACAGGAAGUAUGAGAAUGAGCCAAAGCUCAUUCCUGACCAUCACUGUGUCUCAGCACGUCCUCCUCAGACAAGGCAGUUUCUCGCAUCGUUUUACCUUCAGACAUUACACCUUGUUCACAGCUUUAGCCUUCCACGUCUCACCGCCAUCGGACCUCCCUUCUAAAAAGGUCAAAAACGUCAACCGCGACACCUCUGGGAAGGUUAGCUGGACCAGAAAGCAGCAAAUUAGAACUGCCCUUAGAAUCUUUGGUAAAUGUCAAAGACGAGUUCGGGUAGGCACUGAGGCAACAAGAUGAGGUGGACCCAGCUACGGCACUAUCAACCUCAAUAGAACCAUGCCGUUAGAGGGGUUUUAUACUUUAUAGAACGUCAGAGAACAGAACUAAGCAAAUUACGUCCGAUGGUCUAUAAAGUUGUGGCGUAGAAGGGGCAAAGCUCUCAAUUUACCGGUCGAUCUACGUUCCCAUCCUCACCUAUGGUCAUGAGCUUUGGGUUAUGACAAGCGGCCGAAAUGAGCUUCCUCGACCGGGUGGCGGGGCUCUCCCUUAGAGAUAGGGUGAGAAGCUGUCAUCCGGGAGGAGCUCAAAUUAAAGCCACUGCGCCUCCACAUCGAGAGGAGCCAGAUGAGGUGGUUCGGGCAUCUGGUCAGGAUGCCACCCGAACGCCUCUCUAUAGAGGCGUUUCGGGUGCGUUCGACCGGUAGGAGGCCAUGGGGAAGACCCAGGACACGUUGGGAAGACUAUGUCUCCCAGCUGGCCUGGGAAUGCCUCAGGGUCCCCCGGGAGGAGCUGGACGAAGUGGCUAGGGAGAGGGAAGUCUGACCUAUGGUCAUGAGCUUUGGGUUAUGAGCGAAAGGACAAGAUCACGGGUACAAGCGGCCGAAAUGAGCUUCCUCGACCGGGUGGCGGGGCUCUACCUUAGAGAUAGGGUGAGAAGCUCUGUCAUCCGGGAGGAACUCAGAGUAAAGCCGCUGCUCCUCCACAUGGAGAGGAGCCAGAUGAGGUGGUUCGGGCAUCUGGUCAGGAUGCCACCCGAACAACUCCCUAUGGAGGCGUUUCGGGUGCGUUCGACCGGCAGGAGGCCAUGGGGAAGACCCAGGACAUGUUGGGAAGACUAUGUCUCCCAGCUGGCCUAGGAAUGCCUCAGGGUCCCCCGGGAGGAGCUGGACGAAGUGGCUGGGGAGAGGGAAGUCUGGGAUGAAUGGAUGGAUGGUCUGUAAAGUUGUGAACAAGGUAUCGCAUGAUCAUUUCCGCCAAACCACGCAGACAUUACCAUAAGUUAUGUUUAUUUUCGAUUUUUUUUUUGCAAGGAGAAAAAAAAAAAAAGCUUGUACUUCAAUUUGAGAUGUUCUGUAUUUAAUUGCUGCCAGUGCUGAUUUCUACCAUUGCUGCCUCUCUAUGUGAAGAUUUGUCUCGAUGGUUUUGGAUUUUUAAUGCCAUAGCUAGACUGUGAUAUGUAUACCGAUGUUUUCUAACCGAGUCUCGAAGCUGUGAUACACAAUAACUUGUCAGACGAUGUUCAGCUGCAUUCACAAUUGACUGAUGAAGGAAUCAUUCAGCAUAUUUUAACGUCUCUCGAACUUCCCGUUUUAGUUGAAACUUAUUCUGCGGAUUCAGGAGAACUCUAUUUGGAGUCUCGCUCGGCGUUGACCCAUGUAGCAGAUUAGCUUGUUCUCCAGAGCUCUGACAUUGUCAUUCAGUAACUUAACACAAAUCUGGAGGUGUCGGGCUGUCCACUGUGGCCCACAUGUCAUUAAUAGCUAAUUAGGAGCUACUGUAGCUCGUUGUGCUCCAUAUUCGAUUUUAUGAGCAGUGAGGAUCUGAACGGCCACGUUGCCUUUCUAGCUCAGCUAGUCGCUGGUUGCAGAUCGGUUCGCUUUCUGCAAGGCGACAACGCGGGCGAGCGGAUACAAAUAACGAGUACAUGUCCAAGACUAAGCUGUGUUGAGCCAACAUUUUACUUCCGAGCCUACAAUGCAUGCACACUACACUUCAGCAGCCAAUAACCCUUCGUAUCGACCGCCCUUUUGCCACCUGUGUCAAAACUCGGGCUGCUACGUCCCUUCCUGUCCACGGACUUCAUGUACUUUUUGACAUCCUAACAUUUACAGAGCGUCACAGCUCAGUUCCGGGUCUUUCCCCAACCGAGCAACCAGAAAGUCAAGACCUGCAUGUGAGUUGAAUACAAACAUUUGGAUUUUCUUCGGUCCAAAGUGGGUCUUCAAGCAACCGCCUUAUCGGAAAGUCCUUACGCUCGCCUCCGGCCCGCCGUCUUUGUUCGCAGAAAGCGGGUGUGUUGCCUUCAGGAAUCCGUUAAGGCGGACCCCCACGUUGUCGUGUCGUUUCUGCGGUCUAGAGUGCUGUACAUGGUGUGUCCUGACAACCUGUCAGAAGUCCAACUAUAUUAUAGCCAUGAAUGAUAUAUUAAUAAUACCAUUAUUUUUAAAGCUCAUAUAUCUGGUGCAAUAGAUAUCCAUGUAACAAAUCUUUAUUGACAUGUGUCAAUCUCAACAUGUGCAGUGACAACCAAUAAAAUAGGACGGAAAAACAAGACCUUUGUUUGACCUAUCUGAGUUUGGGAAGAGCAAUUUUUGGGGAUGUACAGAUGUCGCAUUAUUCUAGAGAAGAUGUUUUGUUUCGAUAAACCGUGCAAGCAAAAGAUGGAAGACCAACGUGCAGACUGAGGUGAUAAAAUGGCUGAUGCCCUUUAGACGCUGCCUGUCAAUGCAAGCGUGUGUAACAGCGCCCCCUGCUGGAUGGACUUCGAACAAUCGAGCACAAUUUUGCUCAGCCUGUCAGGUUAUCUGACGCCAGAGCAGUCUGUUGUUUUUUUGCUGCUACAACUCAACGGCCUAGUGGUUAGACCAGUGGUUCUUAACCUUGUGGUUCUUAACCACCAGUUUCAUAUGCGCAUUCACCAAACCCUUCUUUAGUGAAAAAAAAAAUUUUGGGUUUUUCUCAAAUUCAAGACAAAGUUAUAUGUUUUUGGUAACACUUUAGUAUGGGGAACAUAUUCUAAGUAACAAAGACUUAAUUUAGAGUUAUUUGGUUAGGGUUAGGGUUAGAGCAGUGGUUCUUAACCUGGGUUCGAUGGAACCCUAGGGGUUCGGUGAGUCAGGCUCAGGGGUUCGGCGGAGGUCGAGACACACCCGACUCAUCGUGUAAAUAAAAACUUCUCCCUAUGUGCGUAUUACGGAUACGGCAACAGCUGACUGGUUUGCAGGUGUGUAAUUUGUUGUGAGUUUAUGUACUGUGUUGGUUUUGUUGUUUGAACAAGGUGAUGUUCAUGCACGCUUCAUUUUGUGCACCAGUAUAAAAACAUGGUAACACUUUAGUAUGGGGAACAUAUUCACCAUUAAUUAGUUGCU